GUCCCACUUCUCUCUCUCUCUCUCACUCUUAUUGCUCAAUGGCAUAUUCUCAGUGUCUUUUCUGGACUUGUUACCACCAUCUUAACCAACACGUAUAUCCCACUAUAAACAGAAGCUUUAAAGCCAAGAAAACCUCCAUAAUAUGCGCAAAUUAUAUUAGCAGAAAAAGGUGUAUUCUAAAGGCGAAAAGAAGCAACAAUACAGAAGCAAACAAUGAGAAGAAGGAAAGAAGGGUUCGGAUACUGAUAGCCGGAGGUGGGGUUGGUGGUCUGGUGCUAGCUCUAGCGGCCAAACAAAGUGGGUUCGAGGUGAUGGUGUUUGAAAAAGAUUUGAGUGCCGUGAGAGGUGAAGGAAGACACCGGGGACCGAUUCAGCUUCUGAGCAGUGCGUUGGGUAUUUUGGUUGGUAUUGAUAAAGGUGUGGCUGAUCAAAUCAUGGAGGCUGGUUGUGUCACUGGGAAUAGGGUUAAUGGUCUUGCUGAUGGCCUUUCUGGUGACUGGCUUGCCAAAUAUGAUCUCAUGGCCCCUGCAUCUAAGGCAAAACUUCCUGUCACUAUAGUAAUAUCCAGAAUGACAUUACAAGAAAUCCUACUGAAUGCUGUUGGAAGUCACAUUGUGUUCAACAAAUCCAAAGUUGUUGGUUUCUCCCAAGACCCCCAUAAGGUUGUGGUAACACUUGAUGAUGGGCGGAAAUUUGAAGGUGAUAUUUUAGUUGGAGCUGAUGGAAUUUGGUCGGAGGUGCGUAAAAAGUUAUUUGGAUCACAAGAAGCAAGUUAUUCAGGGUAUACUUGUUAUAGUGGACUAGCAGAACACGUGCCCUCAUACAUAAAUACAAUCGGUUAUCGAGUGUUUUUGGGACAGAAUCAGUACUUUGUUGCUUCUGAUGUAGGCAAUGGGAAAAUGCAAUGGUAUGCCUUCCAUAAGGAAGCCCUGAGAAGCAUUGAUACUCCAGAAGACAAAAAGGAAAGACUUAUGGAACUGUUCGGGUGCUGGUGUAACGAUGUCACCACAUUGAUAGCGGCAACAAGAGAAGAUAUGAUUUUUCGCAGGGAUAUCUACGAUAGGGACAUGAUAUACUCAUGGGGGAAAGGACGUGUCACUCUUUUAGGAGAUGCUGCUCAUCCGAUGCAGCCCAACCUUGGGCAAGGAGGUUGCUUGGCAAUUGAGGAUUGUCGCCAACUGAUUCUUGAACUGCAAAGUAUGAAGAAGCGCGGGUUUGAUGCAAUCACAUUAUAUGAAAUCUCUUCAGCGCUUAAGAGAUAUGAGCAGGCAAGAAUGUUAAGGACAAAGAUUGUGCAUGUAGUGACCCGUGUGGCAUCGAAAUCGCUUAGUGGUUACAAGCCUUUUAUAUACCUAUGGACACUUCGGCUGCCUCACAUUCCCUUCAAAGUUUUUGGAUUUUUUUUGAGAAUAGUGAUGCCAUAUUUUAUGACCUGGCUGCUCACAGGACGCUGGCAUUCACUUCAGAGUGUGGACUAUGAAAGUGCCAGAUUAUCGGAGUGAAGUGUGGGCUAUAAAGGUGCCAAAAUAUUAGAGUUUGGGCUAUGGAGGUACCGGCUUAUCGAAGUAUGGGCUAUGAAGGUGUUGGAUGGGCUAAGAAGGUGUCGUCUAAGCUUAUUUGUCAUACUCUGAUUAGUUGUUUUGGAUUGCCUAUUUAAACAAAUGUAAAAAUAAAUGCCUAUCUUGCUAAUAUGUUUGGUAACAUGCAUAUUCUCAUGAUUUUCCCUUUG